GCUAAGUAUCCUUGUCACACGAGAGCCUCUUCUGUCUCUAACAUCAGCUCAUGCCAUUGAUCGGCUGUAGUGCUUUUUUUCUGUUUUGUUUUGCUAUUUGUUUCAUUGAAUUAGUUUAACUGAUUUUUGUUGUUUUGUUUUCUGGCAUAGCAGUGCUAAUGCAAAAAGGACUUGCAUUGUAUUUUUGCUAAGUUCAAAAUUGCGAGACAGCUCCCUGACGCACAAGGUGGAGCUGUUCAUCGUGCCUUUCACUCUUGUUUAGAUUGCGUGCAUCUGCCUCCUAUGCAGCAGGGAUAGUGCGACAGGAACUUUGCCAAGGGUGCGAAAGGACGGCAGACGUCUAUUUUCGAUACGAUAGAAAGGCAUUCGGAUUGGAAGAGAUCUCUCUCAAUAAUUUCAUACGACGUACAAGAUGAGUGUCCGGGUCGUUGCGCGUGUGAGGCCACUCUUGAAGUCCGAGCGGGAACUGGAUAUUAUCCUCCGUACGGGAUCUACAACUCAAGCCGCCCCGAAGAAGACCGAGAAACAGAGUUCCCAGGAAAAGAAGCUGGCGGCAUUGCGGGAUCGGGAUACCAUUGUGCGGAUUCCAAACCCCAAAAAUGAGAACGAGGAAUACUCUUUUCAAUUCAAUGCUGUCUACGAUGCGGAUUCUACACAGCAGGAGCUCUUCGAUGCCGAGGUUGCUCCUACGGUUAAGCACUUAUUCAACGGUUUCGAUGUCACCUUGUUCGCCUACGGAGUUACGGGUACCGGGAAAACACACACGAUGCGGGGCGGUAAAAGCCUGGCUGACAGAGGUGUCAUUCCCCGUCUUUUAAGCAGCAUAUAUAGGCGCAGCCGGAAGCUUGAAAAGGAUGGCGACGGCGAGUCGACGGUGAAUGUUUCCCUGAGUUAUUAUGAGAUAUACAAUGACAAGGUCUUCGACUUGUUUGAGCCCCCAGAGAAGAGAACGCUCGCAGGACUACCUUUGCGUGACAAUGGAGGAAAGACUGUGGUUGUAGGCCUGACGGAGAGGCCAUGUACAAGUCUGAAGGAGUUCGAGAGCCUCUAUGAUCAGGCUAACACCAAUAGGUCUACAUCUGCAACAAAGUUAAACGCCCAUUCGUCGCGGUCUCAUGCUAUUCUCUGCGUUAAAGUAGCAGUCAGGUCUGGUGGUCAGACUCGGAUCAGCACAGCAUCUGCCAUUGACUUAGCUGGUUCAGAGGAUAAUCGUCGAACAGACAACGACAAAGAGCGCAUGGUUGAGUCAGCGAGCAUUAACAAGAGUCUUUUUGUUCUGGCACAGUGCGUGGAAGCCAUAAGCAAGAAACACCAUAGGAUUCCGUACAGAGAGUCAAAGAUGACAAGAAUCCUUUCCUUAGGCCAGAACAAUGGAUUGACCGUGAUGAUUCUCAACCUCGCCCCCAUCAAAUCUUAUCACUUGGACACCAUAAGCUCGUUGAACUUUGCCAAUCGUACAAAGAAGAUUGAGGUUCGUGAGGUGGAGAACGAGCCGAUUUUCAAAGGACCUCCGAGACCGGCAUCGCGUCCUUCAGUGACUGCCCAGAGGCAACCUCUGCGUCCACUGACCGCUACUGCCAAUGUCAACCUUACAGCACUUGCCAGCAAAGACAAGGAUGCGUCGAAACCUGGGGAGAAGCCAGUCAAGGCGUUCCACGUCUAUUCUGACAAACCGCGGUCUAGGGAUUCCAUCCAAUUGAGAAAACCUGAGCUACCAAAGCGUCCUUCCCUGGAUUCUAACCACCGCUCGUUAAAGCCCAGCCGCAUCGCGCAGCCCCUUCAGCCACAAAAGCACUACGAAGAUAUAUCAGCCGCCAAGAUUGAAGAGAUGGUUGAGAAGAAGGUAGAGGAGAUUCUAGCUGUAAGAGCUGUCAGUGAAAAGUCAAGGCAAACGCAGGUCCGUGAGUUAAAUGAACAAGUACAAAAGCGCUUGGAAAUGCUAGAGCAGCGCAUCGAAGGCACGGAAGAUGCAAGGGCAGAAGGAUUGUCAUUCUUGCUUAUGGCCAAGCAGCACCAGGCCCGUGGCGAGGAUAGCUUCGCACUGAAAAUGUAUCAGCUCGCGCUUCCGUUCUUCCCAGACAACGAAAAGCUUGCAAGGAAGAUCAGUAGUUUGAAGCAGCGGGUCCAAAGCAAGUCCUGUCCAGAUGCAGACACAACUGGCAAUCACACUCUCACAGCAUCCAAGAGGGAAUUUGGAAGCCUUCUUUCACUCAAGAAGCAGCCCGCGGGAACGAGCUUGAAGCGUCAAGCUCAAGAUUCGGAUGGCGAGUACAAUCCCGAAUAUGGACUCGAGGAACCCAGCGACGACGAUAUCGAAGAACUUACACACCCGAGGCGCAAGAAGCGCACCAAAACCAGUUCUCCGUCAGAUGAAGGGUCUAACGUCGACUGCUACGAGGCCCCCUCACCCCGGACAAUCCACCUUCUAUCGAUAAUCAACUCUCGCGACGUGAGCCAGAUUAAGCUAUUGAAAGGUGUCGGCGUUAAAAAAGCUGAAGCUAUAGUCGACUGUCUCUGCGAAAUGGACCAGCACUUUGAGGAGCAGGACAGCGAUAGACAAGUCCAGAUUAACAGUCUUGCCGAACUGAGCACACUAAGAGGAGUCGGCGUCAAGACUGUUGAAAACAUGAGAAAUGGAGUCUUGGCAUAAAGGGCAUAACAUAUAGAAGUUGAUAUCUGCAUCUGUGGAGUGUUGGGAUAUCACAAUCAUGUUGAACAAGCUGCAUAUCGCAUAUUGGAUCAUCUUGCAUUGCAAUUUUUGCACCAUUGCAGGUGCAACUCACAUGUACUAUGCAUAUAUUUGUUUUAUCAUUCAUCCAGCGAAGGUGUUAUGGUGUUGGUUUAUUGAGAUGUUGUCUGAUGUUGUACUUUGCAUUUACUUGGAUAUACUCCCAGCAUGUCUUGCCUUAUUAGAAUAAAUACCAUUCAUUAUCAACAUUU